CGGUGCAGAUCACUGAAGGAAUGUUUGAUUCAGCCAUGCCCCCUGUUGUUUCUGGUCCGUGGACACACUGCAGGCUGCGAGGGCCGCCGGCUACUAUUGGCAGAGUUCACAUUUUUAAACUUUAAAAGGUUUUUUUUCGAAAUGAGAAAUGUAAUUAUCAGCAGUUUUUUAUUCAAUCUGAGCGAUGAAAAAAGAAGAAGAGAAAAAAACCUAGAACAGACAGUUGGUGUGUAUCUCUGCAGUCUUCUGGUAUGACUGAAUACAAAUACAUUAAAACAAACACUCAUGAUUCUGUGAGAGACAUAAAUCUGGAAAUCAUUGCUCCAUGUGCCACCACUCAGCCGUAAAAGCAGAGCUUAAUGAUCCUAUAAAAACCUCCAUCCUGUCCCAUCAGCCUGAGAAUGCCCGUCCCGACCGGAGUCACUGCCCUCUAAGGCAACACCGAGGCCGCUCCACAGGAUUUAUAGUUGUGUUGUCGGGGGGGGGGGGAAACACACACAUCAUGUAUUCCUGUUGCUCUGCAUCGAGUCACAGCAGCAGCCGCCUGUCGCCGCGAUGCAGUCUGCUAACAUCGCCUCUCUUCUCUGAGCUGCUCAACGUCAGCAUGCACGCCUGACUUGAAUUUUGAAUACUGCCACGUUUUAGUUCGUCCCAUUUAAGUUUGAGUUGACCCUGAAAGUGAUGCAAUGACUGUAGGUUUUUUUUGGGCUAUAUACUCUUGGACUUUCAUGCUCAGUUUGUCAUAAUAUCUCUCGGACACUUUGCUUCCGUGGCACUCUUUUAACUCAACGACACUCUGUGCAGGACACACAGAGGCACAAGGAGACUCAGACAUAUAAACUUCAGACAGAAAUAACUCAGAGGUGCAUAAUAUCCUGAUUUGAUUUGCGCAGUUCACCGGUUUGAACGCCGUAAAACCAGAUUUUCCGUCACUCUGCCACAGCGAUUAUAAACAAAUAAGACAGCCAUGAUGGUCUACAGGCAAACCAGACCACUCAGCACAGGGCAUAAUGUGCCCCGGUAAAUCCUCGGUUAUUGCCAGAGGACGAACAGGAUCACAGCUAAACUUAUGAAAGACAACUCAGGUGCUCUUUAAAGAAGAGGAAUGGGCUGGAGUGUCUCGGCUGUAACCUCUCCGCCUCCCACUUGUUCCUUUUGUCCUUCGGAAAUCAUAUUGUUUGAGAUUACUUCCUGUGAAGUGGAAGAAGCAGUCGAGGGAAGGAGACAGAGACUAUAAGAAUGCAGCCUUUCCCAAGUUGACCUGAAUACCACUUUGUCUAAUAUAUCAUGUUUCAUAGGUCAAAUUAUAAUGUUAUUGUCUAUAUAUAUAUAUACUACCAGUCAAAAGUUUGAGAACACUUCCCCCAUUUUUUCCAGUUUUUAUUUAAAUUUGAGCAGUUCAAGUCUAGUGAAUGACCUGAAAUGGUACAAAGGUCAGAGGUUAAACCAAAAAGUUUAGGUUACCAAGAACUGAAAAAUAAUGCACAUUUCAGAGUUAUACAAAAAGUCAUUUUUUAAGGAAAGAAGUAAUGGAAGAACUUUCUGAACAAUAUUUGAUUUCCAUUGUAGAGCAAAAGCUCCAUGAGUGUUCGGCUGUUAUACCUUAAUUUCUCUUUUUUUUAUUUCCCAAUAAUUACUCUGAAAUUAAAGUAUAUAUAAAAAUUAAAAAAUCAUGGGAUCGUUUUGUUCAACAAAAUAUAAUUUACAUUUUUCUACCACCUUUUGCAGGUGUUCUAAAACUUUAGACCGGUAGUGUGUGUGUUCCCAGAUGACACACCACAGUACGACCAAUGGCCCUAGUACUUAACUCCACUUUAUAUUACGAGAGAGUACUUUAACUCCUCUACAUUUGAGAGGUGUCAAUAGGUGCAGACACUCACGUUACAUUUGGGGUAAACUCUAACAACUUCAGUGAUCCAUUCAUUUGUCAUAUAGGAACUUUCUUUUUCUUUUUCUAAUAUCCAAUCUUCUGGUUUUAAGACUCGUCUGUACGGCUCAGUGAUAAUUAUCAAAUGUUAGCACGCUCAGUGGCGAGCAGGCUCUUCCUUCAACCAGAGGGUCGGCGGUUCGAUGCCCAGCUCUGCUCCCGUCGCCGUGCCCACGGCGUAUGAAUGUGCGUGAAUGUUAGUUACUCCUGGCGGCCAGGUGGAGCCGCAGCUCCUCCCAUGAAUGUGUGAAUGAUGUCAUGUGGUGUCAAAGCUCUACAAGGACGGGUCUAUGAAUGUAGUCAUCAUGAUACUGAUGCAAAAUCCUGUGAUACUAUCACAAAGGUUUCACUUUUAAUGAGUCCGGGGGGAGGUGUAUUGUUGUUACCAGGGUCUGCAUGGGUGAGGAAAGCCUGUUGUCAGUGUUAGCUGAUAAGAACACGGCUGGACCUCCUGCUAUUGUGCUGGCAGGACUCUCACUCCCUUCCUCCUCCAGCUCUCUCUCCCCGCUCGUGAUUUACUUCCAGUAAAGAUCAUCGGCUUCAUCCGAGGGGGGGUUUUCAAGCCAGUCCUCUGAGUGGGACGGGGUCCGCUUCACUCACUGUGACCAGUCAGAGCGUAUAGGGUGCAUGUUGGAAAGUGUCAGACCAUAAACUUUUCCCCGUGCUCUUGUGUCGGCCUAUCAGCCGUGUGUGUGAAUAGAGAUUGAAUAUUUCCUCUGCCACACGUUCUGAUGGGGGGUGUUUUGUUUCUCACCUUUCCAUGCUUCACAGAUAAAGAGCACGACGCUCCGAUCUUCAGUGUUAUUGCCAUAUAUAUACCUCAUAGAGACACUGGGGGAGGGGGAGAGACAGACUGAGGGUCAUUUAGACUCUAUCUCUCACACAUAACUUGUGUCAGUGUCAGUGAGGCCAGUCAAAGCCCUGCACAGUGGACUACACAAUGGGAGGAACUGCUUAUGUAUAACACUUGGAGGCAGUUGAGAGCUGGUCAUCCUCCACUUCCCCGCCACCUUCUUGUGACAUCACCUUUUCACCUGUGGUGCACCGCCUUCUCGCCCCUUCUCUCCGCUCGCUCCAGUCUUUGUGUCCUCAGGUGUGUGUUCGUCCUCCGUGUGAGCAGUGAUGGGGGACUGGAGUCUCCUGGGGAAUUUCCUCGAGGAGGUUCAGGAACACUCGACCUCGGUCGGGAAGGUGUGGCUCACCGUCCUCUUCAUCUUUCGCAUCCUGGUGCUGGGCACCGCGGCCGAGUCGUCCUGGGGCGACGAGCAGAGCGAUUUCCUGUGCGACACCCAGCAGCCCGGCUGCACCAACGUGUGCUACGACAGCGCCUUCCCCAUCGCACACAUCCGCUACUGGGUGCUGCAGAUCGUUUUCGUCUCCACGCCGUCCCUCAUCUACAUGGGCCACGCCAUGCACAUUGUGCGCAGGGAGGAGAAGCUGCGGAGGAUGGAGCAGGACCAAAGGGAAGAGAGAGGGGAAGGCGGGGGAGACCUGGAGGGGGAGAAGGAAUACCUUCAGCACAAGCCCAGCAAAAGCAUCAUGGCAAACGAUGGGACUGGCCGUGUGCGCCUCAAAGGAGCGCUGCUGCAGACUUACAUCCUGAGCAUCAUGAUUCGCACCGUAAUGGAGGUGACAUUCGUCGUGAUACAGUACAUGAUCUAUGGGGUGUUCCUCAGGGCCUUGUACCUGUGCAAGUCUUGGCCCUGCCCCAACGCCGUCAACUGCUACAUGUCCCGGCCCACCGAGAAGAACGUCUUCAUCAUCUUCAUGAUGGUGGUGGCCGGUGUGUCUCUGCUGCUCUCUGUGCUGGAGCUCUACCACCUUAGCUGGAAGAGCGCCAGGAGGUGUUUACGCAACAAGAGGAUGCAGAAGAGGACGAUAACGGUGGCGGCGGUGGCGGCGGCGGCGGCCUCGGAGCCCAACGGCCCACCUCGGCCCUCGGCCUCCUGCACCCCACCUCCUGACUUCAGCCAGUGCCUGGCAGCCCCGAACUCCCUGAACCCCAUAACCGCCAUGGCCUCUCAUCCCUUCAACAACCGGAUGGCGCUGCAGCAGAACUCGGUGAACUCGGCCACAGAGCGGCAUCACAGCUGCGACAACCUGGGGGAGGAGGAAGACUUCUUGAGGGUAAGAUACGACCGAGUGCCCUCGGAGCUGCCCAACCGCUGCUCCCCAGCGCUGCCGCUGCACUCCAGCUACACGAGGGACAAACGACGCCUGAGCAAGACCAGUGGCACCAGCAGCCGGGCUCGGAAGGAUGACCUGGCCGUAUAAACUCACAACCAAAGAAAAGGGACAGAAAGAUGAGUUUAGAAAGACCCAAAGAGGAUUCUGAGGGUUAUUACUGAGUGAAGGCGUCAACACUUCAUCAUAGUGCAUGGACUAAAUGUUCACUUUAGAAAGAGACACUGAGAUCUGUAAAGUAGACCAUGUGAACGUGACAUGUGAGCAGAUAGUGUUUGUCCACCAAUCUGUCGCUGAGCUUGAAAAAACAAACUGCAAAAGAACAAUAUCUUUCGAAAUGAGAACAGGGUAACAGGUGUGAUACCUGUAUAUUGCACAUUUGUAUUUUAGUUGAAGAGUUAAAGCCAAAAACUAAGAGAGACAAUUAAGCGAAAAUGACGUGACGCUUGGUGCUUGAUGAGAUGAUUUAGGGAAACCAUUUCAUUAGAAAGCAAAAUAUAGGUAAAAUCUCAACUAUUCAAUGAACUACAAUAGUUUUGUUCUGCCACAGCAAAAAAAAAUUCAAUUAGAGAUGAGAGAUUUAGAGAAAACAGGGACUUACUCUGCAAUAAAAUGUGAAGCUUGCCGGUAUAUGAAUUAUGUUUUUCAUGCAGCACAUAUGCAGUGAAUAAAGGUAUAGUGCCUUAACAAGUGUGAAAAUAAAUCUCUAUCAUAUGACAUGUUUUUAUGCAGAUUUUGCAAAGACUGUACAUUUAGAUUAAGCCAUCUGUUGACUUGCUAACCUGAUUGCCCUACACAGAUCAACAAGCAUACAAUGUAUCUCAAGAAUAAUCACUUUUAAAAAUGUGUGAGUAAAACUGUAUUCAUUCGUUCUAUAUUUAGGGUUUGUGUGCAGAUUUGUGUUUUAGGAUGUUCCCUAUCGAGAGGGAUUGAAGGGAAAAGAGGUUGUGACAAGAUCCGGCCACUAGGUGGCGACAUUGCACUUUGUGCACAUUGUGCUUUUUACUUUCUGUCCUGGAGCCUUUGUUGUGAGUAGUGAAUGUGUCCCUAUGCAAUGUAUGUCAGUUGAUAUCUUUGAAUGUAUGUUAUUUCAUUUCCGGUGUCUUGCAGAAUUAAUGUACAGGUUGUUUAUGUUCACCUUGCACAGCAAACAUUCAUAGGAAACACAGACAUGUUGAUUUUUGUUUUGUUUGUUUAUUUUUGGUUCUUUCACAUACUUUUAUGCAAUAAAUAUCAUCACGAACUCAUCACAAAUAAAUACAUUAUCAACUGUACAAUCUG